CUUCUUCUUUUCUCCAUCUUCUGAUUCUUACACUUGAUUCCUUGCAAAGGAUUAAUCAAUGAUGAGAUUCCAACACUCCCUCUCUCAUCUUAUGAUUAAUCCCCAAAAUUCUCAGAUUCACAUUUAUGGGUUUGAUCUCUACCACUUCUUGUCCAACUCGGUUGAUGUCCUUAGUACCUGAACUUAUACCUUUAACAACAUCAGCGUAACUCACUGAUAAGUUCUCCUGCUCCCUCGUCAUCUUGAUCCUCUCAGAUUUGAUCUCAUUCACUAUUUUGCCGGAUCAGCUUAUUGACUUAACCCCUCCAUGGCUCUCGUCAAUUUUUGCUGAGGUCUGAACCGUUCUCUUGUACUGCAUGUACUCCUCUGAGUGAUUCUGGGCAUCGAUCUUCUUCUUGUCCUUUGAAUGAAUCCUCUUGUCGAGAUCUACAAAACUCAUAAGUCCCAUGUGCUUGUCAUGUGGUUCUGCAAUCUCAGUUUUCUUCUUCUGCAUAUUGGUUUCAUUGCAAGUCCAAGCAUCAAUCUCCAUUUCAUGUAUCUGUCUGCAGCAACCUUCACACAAUCUCCAUCUCCCUCAUCAGAUGUGAUGAUCUCUGGUCCAUACACUUCAGUAAGGAUUUUCUCAACUCUGCUUUCUCAACAUCUCGAACCUCUCCAAUGGCAGUGUGCAACCUUACAUUUGUUUUCUUUGUAUUCACGUGAGCAGCGUAUUGGUCUAGCAGCUCAGCCAUACUCGUGGUCGCAGGCUCUAUACAACCAACUUCACCAUCAUUCUCUUUCAUUGGAUGUUCAACCGCUUGGCGCUCAGAUUCAACAUUUUCAUAGACUCCACCAUGACCCCCAUGUCUAGUCUCUAUCUUCUUUUGUGAUGUCUCUCCUUGCUGUUUUUCAUUAUUCAACUUUUGAAACUCAAUUGAAUAGCAUCCAUCUUUCAUGGGUGUUUCAAAUAGCUUCUUCCCUUCUUGAUUAGUGAUUGUGCAUCCUGAUCCAUUGAACAUAAUCCCAUAGCCAUUGUUCGUUAGUUGAGGAACACUUAGAUAGUUGUGUGCCAAGCUAGGCACAAAGAGGACAUCCCUUAUAGCCCUUUUUCCCGUUUCAGUCAUCACUGUGACCGUACCCUUUCCUUUGGCUUGCAUAGCAUCACCACUACAUAAACUCACCCGUUUCCUAGUGCUUUUGUUCAACUGUGAGAACCAACUUUCUUCUCUAGCCAUGUGACAUGUCGCUCCGCUGUCAAUCAACCAGAUAUUUGCAUUAUUUGUGAUUUGGUCAUGAGUUGCUGUAAACAACCCUUCUUCUUGGUUGUCUUGAUCUUGGUCUUGUCUGUUCAUUGUUGCUUGACUUUGUUGUUCUGCUUGAGCUUGCAUCUGGGUUUGAUUGUGUUUGAGUCUGCAGUCUCUAGCAUAGUGUCCCACCUUUCCACACACAAAGCAACUUCCUCUAGGUCUGAAUUGCAUGUUUUGUUGUGCGUUUGUUAUCUUGUUUUUGUUGUAGUAGCAUUCUUCCUCACUGUGAUUGUUUUUCCUGCAUAUGCUACACCACUUUGACUGAGAUGAUUCUGACCUGAACGUGUCCUGCACAUUUUGAACAUUUUUGAAUUUCUGAAACCUUGCUGCAAAUGCACCUUCUGCAUUUCCACCAUUUCUGUCAUCUAAUCUCUUCUC